AUGCGCGUGCUUCCGUUUGUUUUCGCUUUUUGCAGAGCUGACGAAUCAACAGCUGCUCCAGACCGAAAUGACACUACAACUGCUCCAGAAACCGUCGAGCUAAAAGCAGCGUAUCGAAAUCACGUGGUGCAAAUCGACUCCAACGCUCCUCAAUCGACCUUUUCUAAUCCAAAGACCAACGUCGCGAUCCUUUCAAAGAACUUGUUCAAGCUCUCUGAUGAAAGAAUCGGCCUCAGUCUUUUCAACCAAAUCGGCGAUUGGCAAAAGCAGACUGGGUAUUUCGAGCAUCCAUCAGCGGACCAUGAUCUGAAAGUCAAAUACAAAGCUGUCGGAAAAUCUCUUGCGCUCAAUGCGAUGAUCGAGCAAGCUGGUUUUCAGGAUAGUGGGAAGCUGAAAUACUACGGAUGCUACUGUCUUCCAAGUGAGUUGUACCACAAAGAUUUCCAGUGGCACGAUACAAUCGGCAAAGGAAAGCCAGUCGAUGCCAUUGAUAGAGUUUGCCAAAAACUAAUCAACUGCUACAAAUGCAUCCACAAGACGUACCAUGAUUGCCCAUCCCAGAGCCCAUACAGUCUCCACGGAGCUUGCUCCGAAAACGACACCGGAUGCGGCCGAGAUCUUUGCGAGUGUGACACCGACUUUGCCAAGGAAAUCGCAGAAGUCGAGGAUACCUGGAAUGAAGAAUACACGCAGCGAGGAGGGUUUGAUCGAUCAACUCAAUGUGCUCCUCAUCACGAAGAUUCUCACCCAGAUGCAAUGGACCUCAUUCGUGCCGGUCAAAAGGAAACGUCUCCUCGACCAGCGGUUGGCGCCAAAGAACCAGUGGUGAAAAAUUGUUGCGGGAAGGGACUUCAGGUGAAUCUCUUUAACCCGGAGCGUCAAGAAUGCUGCAAAGAUGGAAGUACAAAGGCGAUCGGAACAUGCCCCUUGUAA